CAUGUUUACUUUUCAAAAUGAUACUGGAUGGGGGGCUAGGUUCUAAUUGCUCGAACCCUUAUAAAGAUUGCUUUGAUACUUUUAAUAGUUUUGAGAGCUUUAAAUAAUGGCUUUGUGUGCUAUUACGUGCUAUUAUGCCUGUAUAAGAAAAGAUUGGUUGGUAAGAGGAAGGGAGAGGGGGGAGAUAAACAAGUGUUGUAACGCUAGAUCUUUUGUUAUGUCCCUUCUUACUAUCCUAGUUGGGGCCACUUUAGCAAAUAUGCACACCUCUAGAUGGAUAAUACAUCUUGCACUUGCUAGCGAAAGUUGACCUAACUCUCUAAAUCAAACUCUUUCCAUUAAAGUCGAAUUGUCAAUCUGUAUCAUUCUCUUUGCCAGGAAAGU